AUGGUGAAGACAGAAGUGCACCUCACCAUCACUGCUGUCACCACCAUACCUCCCAUCAUUCCUGUCAUCGGCAAAAAGAGUCACAGCCUCAAGUUCAGACCUAAAGCAGGUCCUGGCUUGUGGUUGCCGGCUUUAUUACCCGUGUCCUGCGUAGCUCUGGGCAUCCUGUCUGGAUUUUCUUCAGCUGCUCCAUUGAUGAUCCUCUCUUUGAUGAGCUGUUGCUGCUGCUAUCUAAUGCUGCAUAGCCGCUACUCUAUCAAGUCUCUGCCACUGACCUCCUUUUCAUCUGAAUCUUCUCCAAAUCAGAACAGCAGUGAAAGCUUUAUAUGUAAGAAGAGCAGCACAUUGCAGUACAAGAGCUACUGUGUUGCUCUGCAGCCCAUAAAGAGCAACUCUACAGACAGACGCUUGCAGAUUCUCUGCAU